UCGCUCUCGCACACGCGUUUUUUUUUCGAUAGCAGCUCAUUAAAGUGACGCGCUUAUGCAGCGACCGAGUCGUUUGUCAUGCACCCGACAAGUCGUCUAUUUGAAUCGCUAACACCACUUUGCACCAAACUUGUCCCAAGCGGCCGCGCUCGUCCAUCACCAAUCACGCACGACUGACUCGAGUCAACAAAACGCCUGGUGGUUCGCCAACCCGCACAGCAGCACCACCCGACGGCGCCGGGGUCAACCCUUUGGGGCGACGCAGCCGCAGCAGAGAGCACAGGGGUGCAAAAAGCAUUGUGGCCCCGAGAGUGCGCACUCGCCACACUUCUUCAGCUUGGCCGAGGUCCAGAAGCCGAACCAGCAGUCAUGCUCGGCUUUUCGCGGAUCACCAUUGGAGUGCUCUCCGGCAAGGGGGUCGGUGGGGCCCGCAUUCUAGGGGUGCUGCACGGCUCGUACCCCAUCGGAGACCGACGGGAGUACCAUGAGGUCACGGGGGACGUCAUCUGCCCGUCCCACGUUCGGGGAAUCGACCACAUUCGAGACCCCAGACUCAACAAGGGAAUGGCCUUUACCCUGGAGGAGAGGCAGACCAUGGGCAUUCACGGCCUCUUCCCCCCCAGGUUUAAGACACAAGAAGAACAGCUGGAACUGUGCAAACUCAGCUUUGAAAGGUACACCGAGGACCUGAACAAAUAUCUUUAUCUCGUUGGACUACAAGACCGCAACGAGCGCCUCUUCUUCCGCCUGUUGUCUGAAAACAUUGAGCAACUGAUGCCGAUUGUCUACACGCCGACGGUGGGUCUGGCCUGCCAGGAAUUUGGCCUCAUCUACCGACGGCCGCGCGGCCUCUUCAUCACAAUCCACGACCGAAAUCACGUCUACGAGGUCGUCAAAAACUGGCCAGAGUCAGACGUGCGAGCCAUCGUGGUCACCGACGGUGAGCGCAUUCUUGGUCUCGGCGACCUGGGCGCCUACGGAAUGGGCAUUCCUGUGGGAAAACUCGCCCUUUACACCGCCCUGGCUGGAAUCAAGCCGCACCAAUGUCUGCCUGUCACAAUUGACGUUGGAACCAACAACCAGGCACUUUUGAAAGAUCCCCUCUAUGUCGGUUUGCGACAAGAAAGGGUGGUCGGACCAGAAUAUGACGACUUCAUUGAUGAAUUCAUGGAGGCUGUUGUUAAACGAUACGGACAAAAUACUUUAAUUCAGUUUGAAGACUUUGGCAAUCACAAUGCCUUCCGAUUCCUAGACAAAUAUCGCAACAAGUAUUGCACUUUCAAUGAUGACAUUCAAGGUACUGCCUCUGUGGCCGUAGCUGGACUGCUAACCUCAAGAAGAGUCACCGGAAGGAAGUUGUCAGAAAACACCUUCCUCUUCCUAGGUGCUGGAGAGGCCGCCAUCGGUAUUGCGGACCUUUGCGUUCGAGCCAUGAUGGCCGAGGGCACUCCUCUUGACGAGGCUAGGAGCAAAAUCUGGAUGCAGGACAUUCACGGAUUGUUAGUCAACAACCGGCCAGAGGGACACCUUGAAGGUCACAAGGCAUACUAUGCCAAGGAUCACCCUGUGAUGCGCAACCUUAAGGAUGUGGUGCUGGAAAUCAAACCUUCGAUUAUGAUUGGAGCCUCGGCAGCUGGCGGCGCAUUUACCCCUGAGAUUCUGCAAGCUAUGGGCUCAUUCAACGAAAGGCCAAUCAUUUUUGCUUUGAGCAACCCGACCAGCAAAGCCGAGUGCACCGCUCAACAGGCUUUCGAUAACACAAAUGGAAAGUGCAUUUUUGCCAGCGGCUCACCUUUCCCUCCAGUCAAAUAUGAGGGCAAAGUAUUCAACCCUGGCCAGGGCAAUAAUGCAUACAUUUUCCCUGGUGUGGCCCUGGGUGUCAUUUGCACUGGAAUGCACCACAUCAGCGAAGACGCAUUUCUAAUAGCUGCUCAAACCCUGUCAGAACAAGUGACGGAAGCCGACCUUGCACAGGGCAACCUCUACCCACCCUUAGGGUUGAUCAAAGAGUGUUCAUUGAAAAUCGCUGAAAAAAUUGCAGACUACGCCUAUCAAAAUGGGCUGGCUUCCACGUACCCUGAGCCGAAGGACAAGAUUGCUUUUGUGAAAAAUACGAUGUACGACUUCAACUACGAUAAUUAUGCAUUGCCAAGGACCUACCCUUGGCCAGUUGUUAAUUGAGCAUUUCCCUGAUAAAUUGCUGGCAAGCACCAUUAUUUGUUGAAGAAGAAAUGAGUAUUUUUACGAGGAAUCAAAUCAUUGUUGGUCACUGCCUUUUAGUGGCAUUGCUUUCCCUGCACUUCAUAGCAAAAGAAGCACAUUCUUGUCAUUGCAGUAGUUUCCUCUAUGCAAUAAUAACCUCUUAAUCUUAUUGUUCUCUAUUCUGAAAUCAUUUAACUGUGCUGUGCACUGUUAAUUAUCAAAUUAUUUAUUAACAUGACUAUUAUGAAGAGCAAUAUAUUAUUUGCUGUUGAAUUACGUGCUUUUACGCUGAUAAAAAAAAAGAAACUGCAGGUUCAGGCCAAGUAUUGUGUUGUCUCGUAUAUUUUUGUAACAUUAUAUCAUUUGAAAAAGCUCAUCUAUUGAAUAAAAUGCAAAAACUAGAAAAAUA